AUGUGUAGGUCUACUCCAAUAUUUUGUCUGUAUUUUCUUCUUUUACCAGCUCUGAUAUUCUCACUGCGUCAUGAGUUUGUCUACGUGCCCACGCCAGUGAACUGGACGUUUGCUCUGAAUUACUGCAGACAGCAUUACACUGAUCUCGCCACCGUUGGUGACCAGGCAGAACACAAUGAGCUGCUGAAAAUUGCAGGAAUGGGAAAUAUUUGGCUUGGACUCUAUCAGACAAGAGGUGAUGGAGUCUUUGUCUGGACAGAUCAGAGUACCUCGUCCUUCAGACCCUGGGAGACUGGACAACCGUACAAUCAGUUGUGUGUUAAUGUUUACCAAGGAAAGUGGUACGACCGCGACUGUAUAGGUCCGGUUCCUUUUGCUUGUUACAUCGACAGGAAGAGACAAAUCGUAAGAGUGGAGGUGAAAUCAAGUCAAAAUCUGAACAAUCCUGCAGUGAUGGCAGAGAUUUUAGGGAAGAUGGAGCAGAUACUGAAAGAAAAGGGUUUGGCACAAUAUGCUAAACUUUCAUGGAGAACCCAGUCCAAUGGGAAUGUCUUCCAAAAGAAGUACCAGAAGAGUGAUGCCACUAAACAGAUUUGUGUUCCAAAAUAAACAUUUACCACCUGACUAAUUGAACAUGUAUGUGACACACUAUUCACUCAU